AUGGCGGCAGAGCGGGCGGUCAAGGAGGCGCGCAAGCAGGCCAGGCGGCCGCAGAGGCCGCCGCUCACGCCCGCGCCGGCGCAGCCUCCACAGUCUCCUCUCACGGGUCCCGGCUAUGAUGGCGGCGAGUACCUCUAUGGCGUUUCGUCGGUGCUGUGCGCUCUGCAGACGGGCCGUCGCAGCGCCACGCGACUGUUGCUGCAGGACUCGAUGGUGCUGGCCAAGCGCAAGGACGCCGCCCUCGUCCGCACCGCCGAGCGGCUCGCGGCGGAGGGCGGCCUCCCGGUGAGCCGCGUCGACAAGCACUCGCUCAACCUGCUGACGAGGGACCGGCCGCACCAGGGAGUGGUGCUGCAGGCGGAGGCGCUGGGCUUCGAGCCGAUGCCGCUGCUGCCGCCGCCGCCCUCCGAGGGGGCUCGCGCCGUCUGGCUCGCCCUCGACGAAGUGAGCGACCCGCAGAACCUCGGCUCGCUCCUCCGGUCCGCCCUCUUCCUCGGCGCGGCCGGAGUGCUCGUCUCGGAGAAGAACUCGGCGCCGCUCACGCCGGCGGUCUCGCGCGCGUCGGCCGGCGCGAUGGAGCUGCUGCGCGUCCACUCGAGCCGCAACCUCGUCCGCACCCUCGCCGCCGCGCGCGAGGCUGGCUGGCUGGUCGCCGGAGCCGCGCUCGAGGAGUCGACGCUGCCGUCGCAGCUGGACAGGGAGAGGCACACGGUGCUGGUGCUCGGCUCGGAGGGGCGCGGCCUGCGCACGAGCGUGCUCCGCGAGUGCGACGCCGUCGUGCGCGUGCCGCGCGGCGAGGCGACGGCCGCGGCGGCGGUGCCGGCCGAGCAGCUGGCGCUGGUCGACUCGCUCAACGUCGGCGUGGCGGGGGGCGUGCUGCUGCACGAGCUGCUGCACGGGGGUGGCGGCUGA